UCUGCUGGUGGCCUGCGUCAAGAUGGCGGCGUCCGUACUGAACACGCUGCUGAGGCGGUUUCCUAGCGUUUCGCUUUUCAGAAGUGCCUAUGGAGUUCAGGUUCCCUUCCAGACUCUUUGCACCAAAGCCCCCCCUGAGAAUGAUUCUUUGCCCACUCUUCCCAUUUCCCCUUAUAAGGAUGAACCCUGGAAAUACCUGGACUCAGAAGAAUACCAGAACCGCUAUGGUUCUCGCCCCGUCUGGGCUGAUUACCGCCGCAACCACAAAGGUGGUAUACCCCCGCAGCGGACGCGAAAGACAUGUAUUCGUAAGAAUAAGGUUGCCGGGAACCCCUGCCCCAUCUGUCGGGAUCACAAGCUACAUGUUGACUUCAGGAAUGUGAAGCUUCUGGAACAAUUUGUGUGUGCCCACACUGGGAUCAUCUUCCAUGCGCUGUACACAGUUUCUCUCCCCACAGGAGUCUGUAUGAAGCAGCACAAGAAGUUGACCGAGGCCAUCCAGAAAGCCAGAGAUCAUGGUCUCCUCAGUUACCAUAUUCCCCAGGUUGAGCCCCGGGACCUCGACUUCAGUACCUCUCAUGGAGCUGUGAGCACUACUCCACCAGCCCCCAGCCUGGUUGCUGGUGAGCCCUGGUAUCCGUGGUACAGCUGGAAACAACCACCCGAAAGAGAACUGUCCCGCCUGCGGCGGAUCUAUCAGGGCCACCUCCGGGAAGAGAGUGGCCCCCCACCUGCGUCAAUGCCCGUGGUGCCUCCUGCUGCCCCAGCUGCAGCUGCCUCCAGUGAGCAGUCGGGCUCCCAGAGUGCUCCCUAGGGCCUGCACAUGGGGAAGGGAGCCUGAGGGAUCAGGAGGGAAUGCCUAGAUCACGUGCCUGGAGGUCACCCUGAGAAGUGCUGUCUGUCCUGUGCCCUUACCAAGCCCAGGAGCAAAUGAUUGUUCAUGAAGGGAUAAAUACAUCAGGGGCUGAAGGAGGUCAGAUCGCAUGUUUACUGGAAACUGUCACCUCUGUGAAACUGUCACCUCUGUGUUGCAAAUAAAUGGGCUCAACACUGGGCUGUUUGGGA